ACUGAAUGCAGCAAAUCCAGUUGCAUGCCGCCCCGGUUUGUCUCUUGAUCGCCUCAAUUGACCACCAGAAAUCGCAGACAUGGCACCACGCAGCAAACUCAAGAUUGCCCUCGCAGCAGAGAAGGGUUUGACAGACAAAAAAGUCAAACAAAUCAAGGACAAGAAGAAGCACAAGGCCGUCAUAAAAGAAAAGCGCAAGAAGGGGCUCCUGCCAGAGCACGACGACGACUCGGAGGAGGAAGAGCAGGAAUGGGAAGAUGAGGACGGCUCUGAGGGCGAGGACGGCGAGGGCCUGGUAGACAUAGAGGCGGAGGAGACCGACGACGACGAAGAAGACGAGUCCGAACGCGAGCAGGCGAGCACAGCAGCGCUCCUCAACGAGAGCGACACCGAUUCCGAGUCAGAGGUCGACAUGGAGGAGAAGAUAGAGCGGAAACCAAAAUCCAUCCUCAAGAAGACCGAGAACCGGCGCAAGCAGCGCCUCGCCGCGGCGAACGAGGAGGGGGAGGAGGAGGCAGAAGAGGAAGACGAGGAGGAGGACGAGGAGGACUCGGACAUCGCCCUCUCGGACCUGGAGGACCUGCCCGAGGAGGAGCGCGAGGACCUCUUGGUCAAGACCAAGCUCUCGAUCAACAACCAGCCGGCGCUGCUGGCGGCCGUGAAGCGCAUCUCGAUACCGCGGGACCCCGGCACGUCGUUCGCGGCGCACCAGACCGUCGUGUCGUCGGAGCCCACGGGGCCCAAGAUCGAGGACAUCUCGGACGACCUGCAGCGCGAGCUGCAGCUGUACGCGCAGUCGCUCGACGCCGCCCGGCGGGCGCGCGCCCUGCUCCGCGCCGAGGGCCUGCCCUUCUCGCGGCCAAAGGACUACUUUGCCGAGAUGGUCAAGGACGACGGGCACAUGGAGAAGGUCAAGGCCCGGCUGGUCGAGGAGGCCACCGCCAAGAAGGCGUCGGCCGAGGCGCGCAAGCAGCGCGACCUCAAGAAGUUCGGCAAGCAGGUCCAGGUCGCCAAGCUGCAGGAGAGGCACAAGGAGAAGCGCGAGACGCUGGAGAAGAUCAAGGCGCUGAAGAAGAAGCGCGCCGAGAACGGCGGCGGCGGCCUCGACACCAACGAGGCGGACCUCUUCGACGUCGCGGUCGACAACGAGCUCAACAAGCCCGGGAAGCGGGGCCGCGACGGCCGCGACGACGGCGGUGACCACCGCCGGGCCCCGAACCACAAGCGGGCCAGGAAGGACGCCAAGUUCGGGUUCGGCGGCAAGAAGCGGCACUCCAAGUCGGGCACCGCCGAGAGCUCCGGCGACGUGAGCGGGUUCAGCGCCAGGGGGAUGAAGGGCAAGGCCGGGGCCGGGGCCGGGGCCCCCAAGAAGAAGAUCGCCAAGACGGCGCGCCUGGGCAAGUCCAAGAGGAAGGCUGUUGCUGGUAAGCGGUGAUGAUGAUGAGCCGCGUGUGUGCAGGGGGGAAGGC